UUAUGAAACUCGUGGGUAACAAUUGGGAUCCUGUGUUGCGUACCUCCUUUUAUCAGUGUUGUGACCGUCAUCGAAUGAAAUGCCACCUUGACGAUUCUCUUGUAAGGUUUCAUGUUGCAAUGUAACAUAUUUUCUAAUAUCAUUUCGUACAAUCUAUGGUCGAUACAAUAGCCUUGUCAGCAAACGCAAUUCAUCAUUGAGUCAAAUGCUGACUGUUGUUUUUCAUAAUUGAUGACACAAUGAAUUGACGACGAAAUUUUACGUUAUUACCCGAUCAUGACAUGGAAACACACGGCGGAUGUGACCGGUCGGCAGGGGAUGCUCACUCCUCCAUGGCACCUGAUCGCACCUCUUUUUUUUAAAUUGGUUUAAGGAAGUUAAUAAAAUACUAACAAACAUAAUGAACACAACUGAGCAGAAAACGUACUGACCAUACUUAUUCAGGUUCAUCAGAGAUCAUUUAUUAAACUGAAAUAUAAAAGUAAACUCUAUACUACCAAAUACGGAUGUAGGUUAAAUGCAGAAAUCUACGCAAAUAGGGGCGUUAACGUUUGACUUCAAACGCAAUCUAGCAUUGAAGGAUAUAAUUAUAUUCAUGAAAACAAGUAAUCAUUGCUAAAAAUUAAUAUUUGUUUCCUGAAGAAUGAAACUGACUCACUAUAUUACAUCAUAAUUUUUCUUUCUAAAUUUUGCAAGUAAAGACAAUGCAUCAAUAUAACACCUUGCAGUUCUUUAUAGGGAUUUUUGAUAUAUUCUGUUUUAUAAAUGCGGAAAAGGCUUCUUUAAGCUCCAGCCAACCAGGAAUUUGCAGUGCCGAUUAUUAUUUGAAAGAUGGACGAUGCAAGCCAUGUCCUCAAGGAUACUUUGGACCAAAAUGUGAGCAUACAUGUCCCUAUCCAACAUUUGGGUAUAGAUGCUUAGAAGGUCCGUGCGGUUGUUCUAAGGAACAGUGUAACAACACUCAUGGAUGUUUAUCAGCAAGUAAAUUAAUCAUGUUUGUGAAGAAGCGUACACAGAUGAUUCAAAAUGAAGAAUCAACAACCUUUGGCUGGAAUCCAGAGUACAGCACUUCAAUGGAUGACAAAACAAGACAGAAGUCAGAGCCCUCAAGGCAAAACAAACCUAAGGAAUGGUCAUCAUCGCCUUGUCUUCUGUGUCUACUGUUGCCGUUUCAAUGA